AAAAUAAUCUUCUUUAAAAGGACAGAGCGUUCUGUGCGUCGCGACGUCACGGGACGCAUCUCAUUUCCCAGCCGGAGGAGGAAGCGGAAAUGGUUGCUGCUAUUGGUCGGUAGCAGGAAGUCAGGCUGAACACCGAGGGGGCUUCUCAGAGCGGCCGAGGGGGCGGGAGAAGUCCCAGUGCGUCGUACCCAGGGAGGGGGCUUCGUAAGGGGCCGGCGGUGAGCGCGGUUGGAGUGCCCCUCUUCCCCGCCCCCUUUGUGCUUCCCCCGGCCCCGGUGGCAAGCGGAAGGGAGGAGCUGGAACCCGGCCGGUCCCCGCGAGGAGUCCCGGGCGGCUGGUUUGCGCUCUGGAGAGGUGCAUCAGGGUCGGGAACCUUCGUAGCGACAAAGACCCUACCCGAGGAGGGGACCGGAGACCCAAGGCGCUGCUGAGGCGUGGUCUGAAGAGAACAAGGGGCUCCUUAAGAGAGUACAGAAAAGAACUGCAUCUGAUGAUCUAUUUUGGCUGGUGGUACUCUGUCAGACUUCUUUGACUUGACUGGUGGCAAUACUAGAUGUUUACUUUCUCCUGAAGAUCUCGAGUUCUUUUGCCUGCAGUUUUCAUUGGAUUUAGUUGAUCCAAAUCUCAGCCAGAGGAGAUCCAUGUACACCCCAAGUGGCUCGGUAUUGCCCAAUGGGCGCAGGCGAAGAGGCCAAGAUGGGAGUGCCUUGCCAAAGCAGCCAGAAAGGAGCCUGGCUUCUGCUCUGCCUGGUGCCCUCUCCAUAACUGCUCUGUGUACUGCGUUGGCAGAGCCUGCCUGGCUACGGAUUCAUGGAGGCACUUGUUCUCGCCAAGAGCUGGGCGUUGCUGAUGUACUUGGAUAUGUUGACCCUGAAUUGCUUGCAGACUACUGUAUGAACCCCCAGACAGUAUUACUACUUCGGGUUAUUGCAGCUUUUUGCUUCCUGGGAAUUAUCUGCAGUCUCUCAGCCUUUCUGUUGGAUGUCUUCGGACCUAAACAUCCUGCUCUGAAGAUCACCCGGCGCUAUGCAUUUGCCCACAUCCUCACAGUACUGCAGUGUGCCACAGUGAUUGGGUUCUGUUACUGGGCCUCUGAGCUGAUCCUCGCCCAGCAGCAGCAGCACAAAAAGUACCACGGCUCGCAAGUCUAUGUUACCUUUGCUGUCAGCUUUUAUCUGGUGGCUGGAGCUGGCGGGGCCUCCAUCCUUGCCACAGCUGCCAACCUGCUGCGCCACUACCCCACCGAAGAGGAGGAGCAGGCCUUGGAGCUCCUCUCUGAAAUGGAGGAGAACGAACCUUACCCAGCAGAGUAUGAAGUGAUCAAUCAGUUCCAGCCUCCUCCAGCGUACACACCAUAAUACUACCAUUGGCUGACUAGAAGGAGAGGGCUUAGACUUUCUUCCAGUCCACGCCCCCACCCCAGGAACCUGGCUGCACCCUUUGACUUGGGAAUGGAAUCUCUUGCAGAGCCAAUUACUGGUGCUUCUUUUCCCACUCACUCACAACUACAGAAAGAACUGUCUUUGGCGGGUCACCCAAGCAGAGCGUUUUCGUUGGGCAGUGACCUCCAAAGCAGCCUUUUGUUUUGGGGUGGGGCUUUUUUGGUUCGUUUUCUAGUUCCUUGCAUUGUUAUGUACCGUGAGUGGCUGACUGACCAGCGUGACCCAGCAGUCCUGUGCUUUCUCUGUGACUCUGGUGACUGGCGUUGCUGUGUGGUUGGUCCAUAUGUUUUGCGGUCCAACGCACAUAAGCCCAUUCCGAGAGGAAAAGCACAGCUGCUCCAGGAUGAGGGCUUUGCCUGGUUUGUGGCAGAGAUGGCACGUGCACAGCUUAACUGGGGAUGUUCCACAAUUUUGCAUUGUGAGAUCUUCCAGGCUGGCACAACUACUCACUGUAGUGAACACAACAGUCAUGCACUGUUUACUAUCCACUCAAGCUCAAUGCGCCUCUUUCCUUUUUUAAAAAAAAGAAAAAUGUGACAUGCAUCAAUAUUUACAUGUGGGGGUGGGGGGAGUGUGCUCUGCAUUUAGCACACCUGAAGGUGGAAAAUCUGGUCUCUAUGCACUGGUUUGUGGGGAGGUGACUCCUUUCCAUUGGUCUAUGUACUUCCUGGAAGGCAUGGUACGCUUGCUGCCGCCACUGCUUCAUCCACUCCCACAUUCUGCCUCAUGCUACUUAACAAAAGCAUUUUGCACUUUAUUUGCUGUUCAUGCAGCCCCCCUUCCCUCCCCAGGUGCGUAGAGGAGGGAGAGUCAAUAAAACUUGGCAGAUCCAGCUCCAGGGUAUUGCCACUAUUGAGAUUCUCUUGGAUAGGUUUGCAGAUACUGGACUCCAUUGGAAAUAAAAGGAACAGGGCUUGGCCAACGGAAAGAGUUCAUAUUGGGUCUGCACUGUUGCGGCAUACAUACUACAUACGGUAAAUGGGCUUAGGGCAAGUUUAAAACACACACACACACACACACACACUGGGUUUAGAGAUUCAAGGAACAGGAUUGAAAUUUGUUCAGUGAUUAUCUCAUUUCUUGUGGAUCUAUAUUAUGUGCAACGACCCAUCUGCAGGCAUGAUUUUAAUUAUUUUUAAUCUAUUCUAAACCUUUCCUGUCUACCAAUGGUCCUUAGCCCCUCUAACCCCAAGGUUAAUUCUUCCAGAUUUGGUGGGUAUAUUGGGGAGGGUCCUGAUUGUUAGCAGGAAGUGAUAUAAGCCUUUGAAGGUUCUCUGAACAAGAGAAACAUGACUGACUUUCCUUUUUGUUGUGCAUAUUAUGGUACAUUGAGACUGUGUAGACUGUCACUAGAAGAUGUGGGAAGGAAAGUCUGAAAUAAACCCGUUUGGUUUUAGACUUUAAAAUAAGAGAAAAGAUUUAAAUGUUUCCAUGCUUUUAGUAUGGGGUGUGUUGCUACUCAGCUUGAGGUGAGUUAUGUGUUUGUUCCUGAUUAUUGGUACAGUUUGUAUACUAACACUGUACCUAUAUUCAGCAGGCAGUACCAUCUCCCUCAUUAAUCAAUGUGUUGGUUUGGUUUACUGGCUUCUCUCUGUCCUUCUCACAUUCCUGUAUGGAAAAUUAUGUGCAGGGUAGCCCAGCAGCAAUAUACCCAGGCUACAGAUAUGAAAUGUUUGCUGUCCAUCUAUGGAAGAAAGCAUGACAUGUAAGUGGCUUCAUUGGGAGAGUGAGGCAAAAGCUCUUAUUGAAUUAUAGAGUCUGACACUUGAUCCUCUGUGUUAUCUGAAAGAUGUGGAGGAAAAGGCCAGUGAGCUUCAGAACAAUGCAGUGUGGAAGAAAAUGUAGGAAGAGCAGUUGUUUGCAGGAGAACAGACAGUGAGGAGCUUUAAUUGCACUCCCACCUAAUGGAUAAUCUGAUGCAAGCUUGGGUACGUAGCCAAAGAGAGAGUACCUACUGAUUCAGUCCUUAAUUUUAUGCCCUGUUCUUGCUACUUGAUUACAGUUGGCUCCAGGAAAGGACCUAUCAAGAAUUCACAAAGUGGACUUCGUAGCACCUUUUGGGUGUGGUGCAAGUGGAGGUUAUCCCUCCUUCUCCUCUCCCUUCAGUGUGCUGCAUAUAAGAGAUGAGUUUGAUUGUAAAUAGUGUGCAUAAUUUUACUGUCUCCACUUAAACUCUGAUCUUUGGAUCUUGAAGAAAUUUUGAAACCUGGGGAUGUUUUUUGUUGAUUGCUCUCUUGCAGUUGUCUUUUUUUUUUGCUGGCUCCAGGGAGGGAAAGCAACACUGGCAACUCCUGUGCCAAAAGGAGUUUGAGGGGUUUCUUAGACGAAAAUGGCUUCACUUGGCUGUUUUUCAGAGAUGGGACUUGACCAAAACUGAUUUCCAUGUAAUCUGUGUAUUUGGUUACUGUGAUCACUUUUACACCUUGAACAUCAUUCAUGAGGCACUGUUGAUUAAAAUCUGUCUCUAAAGUCUUGGAUUCCUUUUUCUACCAAAAAAUAAAACAAGGAUGUAAAUAGUC